GAUCAUCUGGAAGAGGAGAGAGGAAGUGGUGGCGCGGGAGAGGGCGGAGGCAUUGGAGAGACAGAGGUUGGCCGACUACAUAGUGUGGCGGAAGAGAGAGGGCUUCCAGGAGAAGCAAGGAGACAGGGAGAAGGGAGGACGAACUGUAGAGAAAGGGAACCAGCCUGUGCCAGAAGUAAUCUGGAAGAGGAGAGAAGAAGAGGAAGGAGGAGAGGCGAGAGUGAGGGCCAUUCAGAGAGGACAUGAAACCGUUUGGAGGAAGAGAGAGAGAGAAUAAAAGAGAAACUCGAUGGGAGAUUUGAGAAUACAAUGCUCUUAAAAAGUUGGCGUUAAAGAAAGCGUUCUGCGUUGGAUUCUAGCCAUACAUCAGUAAGCUUCCACUCUCUCUUCUUUAGCAGUUGUGGGCUUCAGUGAGUUUUGUAGGUACUCACUGUAGUAUUGACCAACUGGAGCUGUGUGUUGUAUGUGUGUUGGUGGCGCGUUAGUGUGCACCCCCUCGUUGGCUGCUAAUAGGAUUUUUAUGGGCUUGUGUCAAGAAGGAUAGAGCUGCACGCAUGUGCACACACCAACACACACACAAAGAAAACACUAAGAAGCCUUGUGGGCAAGGAAGGUUUAUACCGCCUCACGCAUUUAAACAUCACACACGAGUGCAGUAAGACGUACAUGCAAGGGGGUGUUGAGAGACAAUCACUUGUGUUGAUUCUCCAUGGUGUUGGCGACAGCUGGAUAACUAGCCCCCACUGAGAGGACGUUAAGACUGGACAAGAUACUCAGUGAUAUUGUUGUACAUUAUGAAAAAAAGACCAAGAUGAAGCCUUUUUUGGAGAGCUGAUACCAUCAUCAGUCCCUUGGAACACAAUAAACAUUGAAGCAGAUUUAAAAAAAAAAGAACUGAUGACAACAUGAUCUGCAUUGGUGCACUAAAAACACACUUUUUUCAUCUGCAUUCAACCAUUAACUGGGACACCCCGUUUUCCCCCUGCGCCGUCUCUCAUCCUGCUUUUACUGUGGGUAAAGUUCAUGAAGCACUUUGGAUUCGGCCGCCUGGUAAUGAGUGGACGACAGACAACAAGACAGACCGAUGCAGCUCUUCUGCUGAGAGAGACAGACGGAUGGCUUUGUGUCCUUUUCGAGAAAAACUCUGAGUACUGAGACAAAGAACUUUGAUUGAAUCACUAGAGCCUGUGUGGACUUGUGCAGAUAAAAAAAAAAACUUGACACUGCAGAUUCAUUAUGGAGCUUGUCCCAAAAACCAAGUACACCCACUUUCGGAGUGAAUCACUGAGCUCGACUGAUGAAACAAACUCUAAUCCUUCAUCAUUCCCUCCUUCCAGUCCUGCCACCCCCCUCACUCCGUCCCCUGGUUUGCCUUCCUCUCUCUCCUCCUCCUCUCUCACUCCCAUCUUGCCCCCCUCUUCUCCCCGCCCCGCUGAGAACAGCCCCACCACCCUCUGCUCCUUCUUCCCCAGGAUGGGAUCCCUUCGGCUGGGCGUCUCUGCCACUCUUCUCCCAGGGCUCAAGGCCUCAAGCAGGCCACCGCAUCAUCGGGCGCCCGUUGAGUCUUCUGGGGACGACAGGAGCUCUAGCUCCUCCCCAACGCUCCAUCACCCACUUUCCAAUCUAACCGCUCCUUUUCCUCCUCCUCGACCUCCCCUGCAGGACAUGAACCGGCUGGGAGGGGCGUCCAGGAGGGCACGGGUGGAAGGAGGGCAGCUGGGAGGAGACGAGUGGACACGCCAUGGCUCCUUUGUCAACAAGCCCACCCGCGGCUGGCUGCACUCUGACAGCGUUGUCAGCACCACUGGUGUUUCCUACACUGUACGGUACAUGGGUUGCGUGGAGGUGCUUCAGUCAAUGCGAGCGCUGGACUUCAACACCAGAACUCAGGUCACCAGGGAGGCCAUCUCGGUGGUGUGUGAGGCAGUGCCUGGAGCCAAAGGAGCCCAGCGCAGGAGAAAGCCUUCCUCUCGCUGCAUGACGUCCAUCCUGGGGAAAAGCAACCUGCAGUUUGCUGGCAUGACAAUCAGCCUAACCAUCUCCACCAGCAGCCUCAACCUGCUGGCCUCAGACUGCAAACAGAUUAUCGCCAACCAUCACAUGCAGUCCAUCUCCUUCGCUUCUGGAGGAGACCCAGAUACAGCCGAGUACGUAGCAUAUGUGGCCAAAGACCCAGUCAACCAGAGAGCAUGUCACAUACUGGAGUGUUCAGAGGGAUUAGCUCAAGAAGUCAUCAGCACCAUCGGCCAGGCUUUUGAACUACGCUUUAAACAGUACCUAAAGAACCCUCCCAAACUGGUCACACCACAUGACAGAAUGGCUCCGUUCGACGGCUCUGCAUGGGAGGAAGAAGAUGAUGAGGCUGCUCCACCUCCUGACGUCCCUUACUACAAUAAUUUCCCUGGAAAACAGCCUCCCCCUGGUGGCCUGAUUGACAUGAGGUCCCGCCCAGGUGCAACGCUGCCUUAUGGACAGCCAGGUCAGAAUGACAUUCACAAGCAGCCUCUGCCUCCCCUACCAGUGGGUGCCAAAGAAGGAGGACGGGAACUGUUUGAUGACCCUUCAUACGUCAAUGUGGAUAAACCCCGCCCCCCAGUUGCAGCUAAUGGAAAUGCUCACAGAGAUGCUUUUGACAUGAAGCCAUUUGAUGAUGCUCUGGGGGUCUCUGGGCAUGGUGGCCAAAGUUCAGUGACAGCAGCGCCCCCUCUGGUGCAGCAGCUGCAGUGUGAGACCUGGUUUCAUGGCAGCUUAAGUCGCAGGGAAGCAGAGAGACUGCUGACUCGCGAUGGAGACUUCCUGGUGAGGGAGUCUGGGACCACGCCGGGACAGUAUGUCCUCACAGGACAGCAGGGGGGUCAGGCCAAACACCUGCUGCUAGUCGACCCAGAGGGAGUGGUCCGCACUAAAGACCAUCGUUUUGAAAGUGUGAGUCACCUGAUCAGUUACCACAUGGACAACAGACUCCCCAUCGUUUCGGCCGGUAGCGAAGUGUGUUUGCAGCAGCCAGUAGAGCGCAGAGCCUGACAUUACACACACCAAUGAACUACUACACCAAAUAUACACACACUCCUGCAGCCAUUAAACACAAGACAAACAUUCUUUUAUUAGCUAAAAAAAAACAAAAACACAACAACACUACACUUUACAUGGACAAGAAUACAAAUUCACAAACCAUCUCAAAGGAAGCCAAAAAAGAAAAAAAAGAUUAUCUGCAAAAUCUCUCUCAUGCUGCUGUUGCUACAUAUUCUGUUCUUUCUGAAACUGAACUGAAACUAAAACUGUGACCUGCAGUCCUCCACUCCAACAACUAUCAGGCGCAUCCCUCCACAACGGAGAAGCACUGCUGCAUUUUCUCAACAGCCUACUGUGAACCAGGGAGGAGCUCUUUGCUCAAUUCAGAACAGGGCAGAAAAAAAAUGCAAUUUUUUUUUUUUAGUGUAAAAAAAAAUAUAUUGUGGGAUGAAGACAAAAAAAAUUAACAUUUUAAUAACACAUUGAAACCUGUACAAAAAAUAUGGGAAUGAAAGUGAAAAAAAACUGAGCAUUUGUUCUUACAUUCAGGAGGAUGACUUUUUUUCUUCUCAGACUGUUGCUGGAGCAUAUCAGGCAAAAAGAAAACAAAAAAAAAAAAAAACAGAAAGGCAGCAGAUAUUCAUUGGAGAGACUGAUCCAGGUUCAAACAUAAACACUCCCUUCAAGUGUCACUGGAGCACUUCAGCAUCAAACCUGACUGUGUCAUAAUCCUGCCUGGUGAAUAUGCAUUUAAAAAAAGUUUGCUUCCAAUCAAAUCAGGAGGUUCCAUUUUAACCCCCAACCACUCCCCCUCUUUAAGGACCUAUGAACGGACUCCUGGAGUGACACUUGGUGAUGAGGAAAGAAAGCCUGUAUGCAAAACUGGGGACUGCUAUGCCAAUGAUCCUUUUUUAUGUUCUGUUUUUGUUUCCUCUUAUCUUUGGACUUAUUUCUCAUUGGUCACUCUGAUUUCAGGAGAAUCUCAGCAGCUGUAUCUCUUUGUUAACCCAGAUAUACCUUUACAACACACGCGGUCUGCUGCACCACCUGUCAUGCCAAAGAACAUGAACUUGGUCGCUAACAUAGAAAGCCAUGACGACUAUCAAGUGAUCUGUUUUGUGUGCUGACACCGUCGGGAGCUUAUGUGAAAGGGCACUGUUUUAGAGGGGUUAACGUCAGCAAAAAGGACAUUUUUGGAGUAAAUUGAGUGUUGAUGUGGCCUAAAAACCCAACAUCUAGUACACAUUCUAGUACAUACAUCGACUUCUUAGUAUCUGUUUGCAUUGACAAUCUAUGGGUUCUAUCUUUACAGAGUUGUCUGACUGAAAGUAAAGGAUGGUAAGUAAACAGAGUGCCCUUUAAAUGGUGGUCAACUAGAAAAAAAUAGUCUAAGCAAUGGAUUUCCUCCUGCAAAAAUGAUGCAAAGUGUGUCGCAGUAACUGUUUAUAUAAUGUUUGUGUUUGGUAAUGUUGCUCUAUUUUUUAAUCACUUUAGGAAAUAAUGUCCUUUUAAAAUCAUCAGAGUGGGUUGAGGCUAUUAGAGCAUGAGGACAUACUGUACAUGUUUUCAGAGCAUUGCUUGUGCUGAAAUGUUAAGGUAAACGUUGCUCCUCAGUGUGUUGUUUUCACAAACUUUUAGGAUCUGUGGGGAGGAAGGCCACACUGUCCUCCUCCUCCUCCUCCCCCCUCAGUUCAUGGUGUUGUUUUUUUAAUGUCUUUAUUAAUCGUGCCUUGUUUCUUCAAUGCAGUCACGUCACUUCAAUGCAGUCACCUUGUGUACUUAAUUCAAAUGUAGUUUACUACAGGAGAAUCCUACUCAAGCCUCUCAGUUAAACAGAGACUCUGCAAAAACGACACUCCCAACAAACACACGUUAACAGAUCCAGUGAUGGCAAUCUCUUCUGAUGCACAUCCUUGCAUUCAGCUUUUAAGUCACAGAUACUUGAUGUCACCAUUGAGGGGGGAAAAUUCUUGACCAUCUGUAAAUACCAUCGACCUAUGACUGGUCAGAUUAGUGUUGGAUUAUUGUUUUUGUAAUUGUGUAUUUAAUGAUAAGUAACACAGCGCCAGACCGCACAGCACUGAGGUAGCUCUUCUUAGAGAAAACCAAACGUGUCAAAAAGAUCAAGGCCAAACUCUUUAAACCCAUGAAGGUAUCUUUGAAACCUGUCAUCUAGUGCUGAGACCCCAAAGUGGUAAUCUCAUAUGUAAUGUAACAUGCACACACACAUGUUUGAGUGACAGCUGGGUCAUUGAGACACACACACACCCAUGCCUGUUCAGGUGUUUGUAGGUCAAAGAUAGGAAAACUAGAGCUUUAAGUUCUGCUACUACUGCACAUGCCUGUGUGUGUGUGUGUGUGUGUGUGUGUGUGUGUGUGUGUGUGUGUGUGUGUGUGUGUGUGUGUGUGUGUGUGUGUGUGUGUGUGUGUGUGUGUGUGUGUGUGUGUGUGUGUGUGUGUGUGUGUGUGUGUGUGUGUGUGUGUGUGUGUGUGUGUGUGUGUGUGUGUGUGUGUGUGUGUGUGUGUGUGUGUGUGUGUGUGUGUGUGUGUGUGUGUGUGUGUCCUGAAACAGACCCACCUGCUCCUCGCCAUCUUUAGUGAACUGGUCCUGUGUAAUCAUAGCUUAUCACAGAUGCCUUUGUUGCAUGAAAAUCCUUUUUCUUGUUUGUUGUCGGUGGUGGUGAUAUUGUGUUGAUGAUGCUGUUGUACUUUUUAAUUUGUGUUUUUGAAAGCCAAAGGUUACUUUUGAAUAGCGUGCACAGAUAUUGAUUUUUACUUUGUAUAUGUUUUUGUUUUAAUACUUUUUUUUUUGUAGGGAAACAUGUUGGUUUACAUCUGUAUCUGAAAAUAUACAUUGCAUAUAUAAAUAAAUAUAUCAUUCGUC